AUUGAAUACUGAAGUAUCAGAGCGGCACUGGUAAUCAAGCAUGAUAUCGUGAAUAUUAUUGAAGAUAAUCAUUGUUGUGAAAGAAUAAUACAUUAUUUUGUAUUGUUGAUAUCUGAAGUUAUCGAUGUGUGUUAUUGGGUUAGUUCGUCAUUUUUCGAAUUCCUUCUUCCUUUAUUCAAUUUUUAUCAAUGUUGGUGAGUGUUUGGAAGUUUAUUGGAUAAAUCAUUUAGUCAGCAUGCAACAGGUGUUUCGCUGAUAUAAUUCCAGAAAACUGGAAACUUUCAAGCUGUGUGAUAAGAAUUCUUCAUAUACUGAUCGAAAUAUUCGUUGAACAAAAAUGGAUCAUUGUGCUAUUACUAAAAGGAAACGAAAUCCCAGAGAAGCAGCGAAUAUUUUUUCCUUACUGACAUUUUUUUAUACAGGAAGGUUAUUCAAAAAAGCCUAUGUGAAGAAAGAUCUAUGCGAAGACGACCUGUAUGAAGUUCUUAAGGCUUGUGGCUCAAAAAAAUGUGGUGACAAGUUGGAAGAGCAGUGGAUUUUGGAAAAUAAACGAGAUGGAAAACCUUCCCUAUAUCGCUUGAUGUGGGCUAGAUAUGGUUGGAGGUAUAUUUUCAUUGGUGUGGUCAAUUUGAUAUGGAAAAUAUUCAACAGUAUCGUAGAACCUUGGGCUUUCAGUCGUUUGAUCUCAUAUUUCAAACACAGUCCAACAUCUAUAACAAAGAAUGAAGCUUACCUCUAUGCAGCCCUAGUCCUUGCACUUCACUUGGUGCAAACUUUCUACACCCAUAACUAUAUGAUAUGGGUACAACAGCUAGGCGUUGAAGUUAGAACUUCUUUAUCAUCACUAUUAUACAGGAAAGCUUUGAAGUUAUCUCCUGGAGCCAUUUCAGAAAUAAGCGUUGGGAAUAUCGUGACCUUGAUAACUAGGGAUGUCGAGACAUUUCAAGACUCUAUUUGGAUCAUCAGCGAUACUUGGAUUGGGAUAGUACAAACAUGCGUGAUCUGCUACUUGUUGUGUGCUAAGAUGGGAGCAGUAGCUCUCAUAGGAGUAGCUUUACUGCUGAGCGUUUUACCAAUACAAGUAUUCUUGGGCAAGUGUAUCAGCAAACUAAGACUCAAAGCCUUCAAAGAAACAGAUGAACGACUGCAAGUUACCCAAGAAACUCUUUCGACCAUCAAGAUCAUCAAAAUGUACAAUUGGGAAGAAUACUUCAUAGAAAAAAUCAAGGCAGCGAGAAUGACAGAGAUGAAGAAACUUGUGUUGAGCUACUAUCUAUCAGUUGUGAUGAUCAUAAUGGGAUUGCUGACCUCCAGGCUAGGAUUCUAUUUCCUCAUCAUGUCCUACAUCUGGUUAGGGUAUACCCCAGAAGCUGAGCUCAUUUUCUAUGUCCUCACACUAUACAGAGACUUGAACCAUACUCUGGGAAUCAUUCUACCUCUAGGUUUAGGAAGGGCAGCUGAGGUGUACACCUCCAUAGUCAGAAUCGACAAAGUACUGAAUGGUGAGGAAUUGCAUCCCGAGUAUAAAAGAGAUGAAGCAUCGGCUACACCCUUGGUGGAACUAAAAGACGCAGCUGUAAAGAUUAGGGACGCGAUAAUUCUCAAAGGAAUCUCGUUGAGUAUCAAGCCUGGGGUUACCAUGGUUACUGGGACUGUGGGGUCCGGAAAGAGUUCUUUGCUCAAGGCAAUUCUGCAGGACUAUCCACUUAGUGGGGGACAUUUGUUGACGCAUGGAAGGAUUUCGUAUGCUUCCCAAGAUCCUUGGCUCUUUCCUUCCUCUGUCAGGCAGAAUAUAAUUUUCGGGAAAGAGUUCGAUGAGAAAAGAUACAAGGAAGUAGUGAGAGUGUGUGCCUUAGAAUACGACUUCAAUCAAUUAGAAAAUGGGGAUGAGACCAUAGUUUCUGACAAAGGAGCUAACCUCAGUAAAGGACAGCAAGCUAGAGUUAACCUCGCCAGAGCUAUAUACAAGGACAGCGAAAUCUACUUGAUAGAUGACUCUCUAACAGCUCUAGAUGCACACGUGCAGGACUAUAUCUACAAUGAGUGCAUCAAAGGUUUUUUGAAGGAGAAAAUCUGCGUGCUCGUUACUCAAACUACGAGCCACAUACAAGAUGCAAAUGACGUUGUGAUUAUGGAAAAUGGCGAAAUCAAAUACCACGGAAGGCCAAGUGAUGCUGUUGUUAGUAAGAUCAAAGAGCUAGUAGUAGAAGAUGAUGAUCUAGAAAAGGAAAUCAUAGAAAUGGAAGAGAAGGAAACUAUUGAGGAAAAAGUUUUGGAAACAGAACAUACUAAUAAUAUAAAGAUCUACAGGGAAGAUCAUAAGAAGGGCGUUGUAGACUUGGGAGUGUACAAAAAGUAUGUGAUCUUUGGAGGAGGGUACGCAUUGCUACUAUUUAAUGUAUUUUUACACGGAAUUGGGCAAGGUGCUACCAGUUAUUCAGACAAACUGUUGACUAAAUGGGUUGAUCAACAACAAAAAGUGUUGGAUAUCCAAAGGAACAUCACAGAUGCUGAUAUUUUUUAUAGCAAUUCUACAUCGAAUUUCAAUAAUUCAGCUUUAGAAGAAGCAAUAACGAACGAACAAUUUACCAUAAGACUCUACUCAGGAAUGAUAUUUGCCGCGUCAUUUCUGAGUUUCAUCAAGAUUUACUUCAUAUUUCGAUUUGGUAGAACAGCUUCCAUAAAAAUCCACAGAACUAUGGUCCGCAGCUUAGUCUAUGGGGUCAUGUCAUUCUUUGACACGAAUUUCAUUGGAAAUAUCCUGAACAGAUUCUCGCAGGAUUUGCAAAAUGUGGAUCAACCUCUAGUAUUCAAUUUGAUGCAUUUCAUAAGGAUUAACUUCGUGAUCACUGGAAUAAUAAUUCUCAUCUCAACAGUUAAUCCAUAUUUCCUCAUAUUCGGACUGAUCUGCAUGAUUAUCCUGAUAUCCAUCAGAAAGCUAUAUAUACCAACUGGCAGAAGUCUAAAACGAUUAGAAACAGCAACUCGUAGUCCUAUGUUAGGUCAUAUGAACGCAUCUCUGGACGGUCUGACAACCAUCAGAGCUUUCAAAGCCCAAGGUGUGCUGAUCAACGAGUUUGAUAGACACCAAGAUCUAUUCACAUCAGCAUAUUACACUUCACUGUGUUCCAUGAGAGCCUUCGGAUUCAUCAUGGACUUCGUUUGCAACAUUUUCAUCAUUUUUAUUGUUGCUAUGUUCAUCUUCUUCGACACAGGUACCAGUGCCGGAAACGUUGGUUUAGCUCUAUCCCAAGUCUUCAUGUUGUCAGGCUCUGUUCAAUGGGGAGUCAGGACCUGGGCUGAGCUAGAGAACUUGAUGACCUCAGUCGAAAGACUGCUGGAAUACACCACAAUACCAUCCGAAAUACAGGGUGGCUCAGCCAUCAACGACUGGCCGAGUGAUGGGAUGAUCACCUAUGAGAAUGUCUCUCUCAAGUACAGCGAAACUCAAAUGGUAUUGAAGAAUCUCAAUUUCACGAUUGAGCCACGGCAAAAAGUUGGUAUUGUUGGUCGAACAGGCGCAGGAAAGUCCUCUAUUAUAUCUUCGAUAUUCAGGCUGUACGGAAUCGAAGGAAGAAUCCUCAUAGACGAUGUCGAUAUCAGUACUUUAUCGUUGAAGUUUCUCAGAAAGCGGCUGGCUAUCAUUCCUCAGGACCCUGUGUUCUUUUCAGGUACCAUACGCACCAACCUGGACCCUUUCAGAGAGUUUCAAGAUGAAGAACUCUGGAGGGUCUUGGAAGAAGUCAACAUCAAGAAUGUUGUUACCGAUUUGGAUAUGAAAACCGAUGGUAAUGGAGGAUCGGGCUUCAGCUCUGGACAGAAACAACUUGUAGUUUUGGCUAGGGCUAUUCUUCGUAAGUCCAAGAUAGUUAUCCUCGAUGAAGCAACUGCUAAUAUGGAUCCCCAAACCGAAUCUUUAUUGCACGGUACUAUAAAGAAGAGUUUCAGUGAUUGUACAGUGAUGACUAUUGCUCAUAGACUGCAUUCGAUCUUGGAGUGUGAUAAAGUUAUGGUACUGGAUAGAGGAUUGAUUAAAGAGUUUGACGAUCCGACAACCUUGCUGGAUAAUAGGAAUGGAUAUUUUUAUAAAAUGGUGAAACAAACAGGGUUUUUGAAUCAUAUUGCUUCAUGAAAGUUUUGUAAUUUCGCUUUGCUGUGAUUAUUUAUUGUCGAUAAUAAAUUGUGAUUAAUUAUAAAAUGUAUAUUUAUAUCUCUCUUUU